AAGCUGCAAAUGCUGCAAGUAAACCACCAGGGGCUGUAGUUGUUCAAUGGGUUACUUGCUCCUGUCACUCCAGCACUACCAUAAAGAGGGGAAUACCUCAGUCCUUUGAGGGAAAGGAUAUUCUGGAUCAUGCAAAGGCAAUGGACAGCUGGUGGGAUUUUGCUUCGAGUGGUUGGUGGCAGUGCCCAUCUAAUGUAUCUGAAACAGAAACACGGCUACCUUCAGUCCAAACCAUUCAGCAGAGCUAUGAAUCUUAGAGGAAUACCCUGAGGCAUGAAGCAAGACUGCAGCAAGAAUAAAUGAUACCCCUCAUGGCCCUUGCAUCCAAAGUUUCCAAAAUGCUGUGCUGUCUAUAAUGAACAAAACCUGCAUGGUGAUGUAGGUAUGCAUACCUUUCCUCCUUUUUAGAUGGGAACACUAAGCCACAAAACAAUGAAGGUCCAAAAGUUUAAAAGCAGACCAUGGAUUUGGGUGUGCAAAUUUAGACACCUGUGUGGACAAAACUUUCAAAUGUGCCUGCCUAGACAUUGGCAUCUAAAUCCAUUUUUAUGCAUCUAUGUAAAAGGUCUGGAUUGUGUUCCCACUGCAUGCCCAGAGCUCCAACUGAAAGCAGUGGGAGGAGUGAGGGCUUAACACCUUUGCAAACCAGCCCCUUGUUAGCUAAAAUUCAUCACCCAGAACUUAGAGGCCACUUCUGAAAAUUUAGCCUUCAGUGCCUUGCUAAAGGCCAUAAAGAACUGGUGGCAGAUCCAGGAAUAAAAUACCAGCUCACCUGGUUCCUUAAACAAAUAAUGAUUUCCCUAUUGCAUUUUGCACUCUGGUUUUCAUUUUAAAAAAAGAAACAGCACAAAAAUCCCUCUAUUUUGGUUCAAUAGCACUCUGUGCACUGCAUUUAUCCGUGCAGAAAAGCACUGUUCUGCCCUUGCUGUUGUUAAUUUUGGUAGCAGGCACCAUAUAGAUGCAGGGGGAGAGGCAGUUGCAAUUGCCCCUUGUAAUCUAGACAUGUACAAAGAAAGAGAAUGAGAUACAACGUGCGCUCAGCGCUCACAGUAAUUAUAGGCACACAACCUGCUAUUUCCAGCUUUAAAAAAGUUAUCAUUUAUAUGUAACAGUUUCUAUUGUAUAAAUAUUAUUUAUAUUAACUCUCACGCAGCUGUUUCUAUAUUAAUAAACAGUUAAGACCAGCAUUUUCUGUGUUGCGGUUUCUUUUUGAAUACCACCAGCCUGCGAACAUCUGCAAACAAAAUGCGGAAGUCCGAGGGACCCAGAUAAUUCACCACUUCCAAAAUAAACUUCCUCCUCUUCAUCACGAGGACAACACCCUGUGCGUUUCUAUUUCUCAUAAAGGAACAACCAAAUGAUCCACAGAGACAGUUGAACCUUGUGCUAACACUGCUGUCUAAAAUACGGUGCUCGGGUUCUGCUUGGCUCAGUCCUGGUACAUUGGCAGGAAUCCGGAGCAAGGUAAUGGAAACGCUUGCAAGGCACUGGCAGGAUUGAUUUCUGUACCAUCACAGCGAGUCUCCUCUUGGCACUGCCAAUCCUGACUAGUACUCUGGCAGUGGGAGCCUCUUCACAUCAGUGUGUUGGCAGGGCCGGCUUGACAGCUGAAUAACAACUCAUCCGUCCAGAGGACUGUUCCUGUGCUGUUCUUGGAGUCGCUACGAGAAGUUCGCUGCCUGGCCUGCCUGUGGAAUUCCACCUGACAAAGAGACCCCAGGAGGAGAGCUAGAGAUGGACGACUGCCUGGAGACGCUGAAAGAUGAGGAGGAAGCCUUGUGGGAGAACGUUGAGUGCAAUCGGCACAUGCUAAGCCGGUACAUCAAUCCGGCCAAGUUGACCCCAUACCUACGGCAGUGCAAAGUGAUCGACGAACAAGAUGAAGACGAAGUGCUCAACUCGCACAUGCUGCUCUCCAAAAUUAGUCGAGCAGGCCGACUCUUGGACAUUCUGCACACAAAGGGCCAAAGGGGCUAUGUGGUUUUCUUAGAGAGCCUUGAAUUUUACUACCCUGAACUCUACAAAUUGGUGACGGGGAAAGAGCCUACACGGAGAUUUUCCACUAUUGUUGUGGAGGAGGGACAUGAGGGCCUCACACAUUUCUUAAUGAAUGAGAUCAUUAAGCUGCAGCAACAAGUGAAGGCAAAGGAUGUGCAACGCUGUGAACUCUUGGCUAAAUCUCGCCAGUUGGAGGAUGAGAGGAAGCAGCUGAAAUUGAACAAGAUAGAGCUGCUGACGUUCCAGGAGCGGUACAACAAGAUGAAGGAGGAGAGGAACAACUACAAUGAUGAGCUGAUUAAGGUGAAGGAUGAGAACUACACUCUGGCCAUGAGAUAUGCUCAGCUGAGUGAAGAGAAGAACAUGGCAGUAAUGAGGAGCCGGGACCUCCAGUUAGAGAUUGACCAGCUAAAGCAUCGAUUGAAUAAGGUAGAGGAGGAAUGCAAGUUGGAAAGGAAUCAGUCACUGAAGCUGAAGAAUGACAUUGAAAACCGACCGAAAAAGGAACAGGUUCUGGAACUGGAGCGGGAGAAUGAGAUGAUGAAGACUAAAAUCCAGGAGUUACAAUCUAUUAUUCAGGCUGACAAACGUAGCUUGCCAGAUUCAGACAAAGCCAUUCUGGAUAUACUGGAGCAUGACCGUAAGGAGGCACUAGAAGACCGCCAUGAGCUAGUCAACAAGAUCUUUAAUCUCCAAGAAGAAAUCCGUCAAGUAGAGGAUCUGAGAGACAAGUACCUCGAGGAGAAAGAAGACCUGGAAUUAAAGUGCUCGACACUGGGGAAAGACUGUGAAAUGUAUAAGCACCGCAUGAACACUGUAAUGAUUCAGCUAGAAGAAGUGGAAAAGGAGCGUGACCAGGCCUUCCGAUCCCGCGAUGAGGCACAGACCCAGUACUCUCAGUGCCUGAUCGAAAAAGACAAGUACAGGAAGCAGAUCCGGGAGCUGGAGGAGAGGAACGAUGAACUCCGAAUCGAGGUUGUCCGCAAAGAGGCGUGCAUCGUUAAUCUGGAAUGCAAACUCCGCCGACUCUCUAAAGACAACAACUGCCAUGAUCAGAGUUUCCCGAGGAAUCUACCAAUUACCAUUAUUUCCCAAACCUUUGGCACUCAUGCCCCCAAAACUAAUGGUCAGGAAGCAGAUGACUCCUCCACCUCUGAAGAGUCUCCAGAAGAUAACAAGUUCUUCCUCCCCGAUCAGUCUCGGUUGAAGCGAAGGAUGAACCUGAAGGGAAUCCAGCUACCAAGAGCUAAAUCCCCUGUCGGUAUGAACAAAGCAUCAGAUUUUCAAGCAAUCAGAGGACAGGAUGAAGAUGGGGCUGAUGCCAGCAACAGCCGCACCGACACCAGUUCCUCCAACCCUGUCUCCAUCAAUAACUCGGUCAGCAGCUGUGAAGUCGGCAAAAUUCAAACCCUAAGGAAUCGCAAUUACAGUAUCAUGUCCACCACUCCCGAACCACCCGGAAACGACUCAAUAGUCCGACGCUGCAAAGAAGAUGCUCCACAUAGCAGCCUUGUUGAAGAGGACAAUGACAGCUUUAGCUGUGAUACUUUGGAGCUAGAUGAUGACGGUCAUGACAGAUACUCGCACGGAGCUCCCUCAGUGCACUCCUCCUCCUCUUCGCACCAGUCUGAGGGCAUGGAAGCCUAUGACCUUGAGCAUGUCAGCUCCAUAUUUAGGAAGUUCUCUCUGGAGAGACCUUUCCGUCCCUCUGUCACAUCUGUUGGUCGCAUUAGGAACUCUUGCCAUACUGUCCAGCGAGUCACACUGAAUGGAGACAGCCUCAACUCUGAAAUCACUUUGCUUGGGGGCAAUGACAAAGGAAGCUUUAUCAGCUUUGUCAAGAUGGGAUCCCUAGCAGAAAAAGCAGGCCUCCGGGAGGGAUACCAGCUGCUUCUGCUGGAGGGCUGCAUCAAAGGGGAAAAUCAGAGUGUCCCCUUGGACACCUGCACCAAGGAAGAAGUUCAUUGGACAAUUCAGAGGUGUAGUGGCCCAGUAACACUCCAAUAUAAACCAAAUCAUGAAGGGUACCGGAAACUGUUGUCAGAACUGGAAGAAGGGCUGAUCACAUCAGGGGAUUCAUUUCACAUCCGCCUGAAUCUGAACAUCUCGAGCCAGUUGGACUGCUGCUCCUUGUCAGUGAAGUGUGAUGAAAUCGUGCAUAUUCUCGACACAAUGUACCAGGGGAAGUGUGAGUGGCUGUGCGCCAGAGUUGAUCCUUUCACUGACCGGGAUCUGGAAACAGGGACCAUUCCCAGCUACAGCAGAGCCCAGCAACUCCUUUUGGUGAAGCUGCAGCGGUUGAUGCACAGAGGCAGCAGGGACGAGACAGAAAGUUCAUACAAUACUUUACGAACGCUCCGGCACACGCUGCAGCCAGAGGAACCUGUCCCACAGAAUGACCCCAAAACCAGCCCUCGCCUGUCCCGAGCAAGCUUUCUUUUGGGCCAAAUCUUACAGUUUGUCAGCAGGUCUGAAAACAAAUACAAGCGCAUGAACAGCAACGAGCGAGUCCGUAUUGUCACUGGCUGCCCCUCUGGGCUGGCACGGACCUCUUCUGAAGCAAUGAAACUGUUGCCAGAUAAAUUGGAAGAUAUGGAUUCUGAAAGUGAAAUAAAUAAGAGCCUCAACCUGAUCCCCUAUAGCUUGGUGCGACCAAUUCACUGUGAUCGCAGGCGUCCCGUCCUCUUUACUCCCACUAUGCUUGCCAAGACCCUGGUGCAGAAGCUUUUGAACUCUGGAGGUGCCCUGGAAUUCAACAUGUGUAAGCCAGAUAUUGUAACAAAGGAAGAGUUCCUCAGGAAGCAAAGGAUAGAAACCAUCAUAUUUUCCAGAGAAAAGAAUCCCCACACCUAUGAAUGUAUCGUACCUGCCAAUAUUGAGGCUGUCACUGCCAAGAAUAAGCAUUGUCUACUGGAAGCUGGAAUAAGUUGCACAAAGGAUUUAAUCAAAGCCAAGAUAUAUCCCAUUGUUCUCUUUAUCAGAGUCUCAGAGAAAAACAUCAAGAGGUUCAGGAAGCUACUGCCAAAACCAGAGACUGAGGAUGAGUUCCUACGUAUGUGCCGACAAAAGGAAAAAGAACUAGAGGCACUGCCAUGUCUUUAUGCCUCUGUAGAGACAGAUACGUGGAGUAGCAUUGAGGAUCUCAUCCGAGUCAUCAAAGAGAAGAUUGCAGAAGAGCAGCGUAAAACCAUCUGGAUAGAUGAAGAUCAGCUAUAGAAAAUAAUAAACAAAAUGAAGCUCUUUGGUAACGAAAGGACACACCAAAGUGGAACUGGGGCUUUCAGAGGUCUCUGAUACAGUGCCCUUGACUCCUGUUCCAUCCUUGCUGGCUGAGGACUCUUGCUGCUGGCAGAAUGUAUGUGUGGAUGGGAAUUCGAGCUGUGUGUUUAACAGUGAAUGUCACAGAUGCUAGGGAUCUAGGACACGGAUCAGAAUGCUGCCACCAGCAUAGCUUCUGACCCACCAGCCUCCAUUCAGAGACUGCAGCUGUUUAACACGCGCGAAGGACAGACAUCUCAAGAGGGAGUUUGAGAGAAUUCAUUUUAUAUAAAUACAGACCUCAUUUGGCUCAUUUAACACUCCUGACGUGACCAGACAAGUGUAUCGUAUAGGGAGAGAAAGGCUGAGGGUCAGGCUAAAGGACAUAGAACCUGUGAUGUGCUCUACAGCCGAAGUGAAGUUGCUGAAUGUAUGCCAUUAAAGAAGCUGCAGGCUGCCCAGUAGCAACAGAAACACUGCCACUGAUAGCCUGAGCAGCUCUGCAGCCCUGUUUGUAUGUGCAUGUGCAGUCAGAAGGGAAGGACGGAAACCAGCCCUUGUUCCUGGCAUUAAUUAAAAUGACAGUCUACUCUUUAUUUUUAAACCUCUGCUUAACAAUGCGCACAGUAUUCUUCUGUAGUCAUGACACUCUCAGCAAAGCAGUCUCCCAAUUCCUGGUGGCAAAUCAAACCUUUACAGGUCUGUCCAUGUUUCACGUAGGCUAUCCCUGUUUUGGGUGCUGCACCCCUGUACUCAUUCAAGCACCUCUGUCCUUAACAAAUAUAUUUUAUUCCAGAUGGAGAGAAUCAGACUGACCCUCCUAGAGACUGGCUGUUUCCAUUUAGCCACUGACAUCUACAUGCUUCCCCAGCACUGCUGCUUGCCACCGUCUGUGCUCUGAGCAGGAGGGACCAGUGCCUUUUGCCAUGAUUACCAACAAAGUGGCCAGUGAGCAUCUCACUGUGCUGUGAUUUAAGUGCUGUAGAUGCUCAGAGUAAAUUUUUCAAAAAUGCUUGAGUGGCUUAGGAGCCCAAGGGCCAUUUUAAAAAGCAGCUAAGUCACAAAGCAGCCAAGUCCCACUGCAGAGCAAUAGGACUUAUGCUUCUUGGUUACAUAGGGCUUUGGAAAAUGUUGCCCUGUACAGUAGGCACUGAAUUGAAGCCACCAAAUUUCAUUUCACAGCAGCCAUCAGGAGUGACAUACGCCAUUAUUGACAUGGAAUGAAUUCAAAUCAUCAACUUAGCUUUUCAGUGGGCACAUCUACAUGUUUAUUAAUGCAUGUUAGAUACUGCACAUUUAAUUUAGUACUGCCUUAAUAAAGUACUAACUAAAUGCGCAGUACCUAAAAUUACUGCACCAGUGCACAGUUAUUUAGCUUAAUAACACUUAAUAACACUGCACAGUAGGCUGUUAGCAUGAUUUUUGCCAUGUCACGCUACCGUGCAGUGUUUUUAGGCUAAAGCGCAGUAAGCAUCCUGUGUAGACGUGCCCAGUCUGUUGUGUAUCCAGCUACCCCAGAAUCAACCAUUCCUUUCUGUUUUUCCAAAGGGAUUUUAUAUGGAAAGUGCUCUUUGAUCCUGUGCUGAUCCUAAAUCCCUGGUUCCAGUGCUCCAGGCCAGCAUGCAGCAGCUGUUAAUAAAAAAGCACAGAGUCCAAGCAAAACAUCUGGCAUGGUCACCCACACCAGACAAGCUUCUGCAGUGUGUCCUUGAGCGAAGCUUCUGAUGUUCUUGGUGUACUCGGUGCCUGCAUAUUGUGACGUGUUUGGGUCUGUCCCUGUUGGCUUACCUGACUGUGCCUAUCCUUGUCACGGUGCCCAUUAUUUUUUAAUUCAUGGUAUCUUUUAGAAUUCAUUUAUGUCAGUUUCUGUCUUACUUCCCGCUCCUGUUCCCAUCAGAUCAUUAAUGUUUUAAAGGCUGUUCAUAGCAAGUAUUUCUCAAAGAAUAGGUACUUUCUUACCCCACUGUCUCCUGGGAAGCUGCCCUCCACAGCUAACAGGAUUAGGGAGAUGAUAUUACUACUGCUACUCUUACCUCUAUUUUGCAAUUGAUACCAAUUACAGUGUGCAUGUGCAAUGACCUGCAGCCCCUCCUGGGGCAAAUGGUGAUAGCCAACUGGUGUACAUAGUAAACAUGACCCUCCUGUAACUCAAGAGAUAAAGAAAAUACCUUUUCGGGGAGGACAAAUGUCCUCCAGGGGCAUUUUCCGGAUGUUCACCAUAUCCUGAGAUUGCAGGUCUUAGUGCUGAUCCUUCUUUAUGCAGAGAGAAUGAAUGGGAAGAGAAGGAAUAGCAAUUGUGAUCAGAUGAAACAAUAGACCUAAUACUUUUUUAUAAACCAGGACAGGAGUGAGUCCAUGAAGAGGCAGAAUCUCAUUGUACCUUAAGUUCCUAUUGUGAGUUUUGAGCCUUGCUGAUACUGCUCAAGCCCUGGUGAUACUAUUGUGAAUGUCUGCUCAUGUAUACUAGUUGAGCCACACACCUUUGCAACCCAUCUAAACAUAUUCAGCCAUACAGGCUAUCAAUGUGCCUGUGGAUUUUCCUAUCAGGGUAACUGUUGGCAUCAGUGUUUGGAUUCAACAGAGAGAGAAGGGCAUGAGGUGCAAACUUGAACACGACCUACAGGUCAGUUAGUUAAUUCUUCAUUGGGAUGUAUUGUUUUAACGCCGCCCCCCCCACACACACACAGAUGCAUGUCCUUUUAGGUAUGGUCAACCUGUUCAUCAUCCUGGGGUAGCAGACAACAUGAAGCAGAGAUUGGAAUUGGAAAUGGUACCAAUUAUUAUAAAAUAGAAAUGAGCCCAGUCUAAACUCUCCAGUGCAUAAGGAUUUGAAACCAAGCUUUCCCAAAUUUCAGGGUGUCCUGUAGGUCCGAGACUAUCAUUGCUGUUCUGUGUUUGCACAGCGGUUAUUAACACGAUGGAAUUUUGUUUUAUGACUGGGACUUCUAGUUGCUACUUCUGUACAGAUUAAUAAUAUUUCAGUCCAUUAAAGAGAAAUUCAAGCUGCAGGCCCAGGUUCAAAUUGGAAUUCGGGGUUUGGACUACGCCCAUCUACUGAAGACACAUAUGAAAACCCAUUGAAUAUAUGUACAGUAGGUAAGCUCUGUUUCCAUCAAAGUCUCUUUAAAUCAAUCUGCUGAAGGUUUUUAGAUAGAAGCUGGAAACAUUUCUCAACUUUGUUCAUAUCUUAAGUUAGACUGAGUUUUCCAAAACUCAAGAUAUCAUGUCAUGCCACUUGACACACUAUUUGUCAAUAAAAGCACUUAUAGCAUAGAGAAAUAACAGGCUUUUAAAAAUAUACUGUUAGAAAAUCCAUUUCCUCAUUCCUUUAUGAGAACAAAACUGAAAAGCCCAUUGAA